AUGUCGAAAUUGUCUUCUUCACCGCCAUCCUCAGCGGAGAGCAUAAAUGACACAAGACGCGUUGAAGACGACUAUCACGCCGAGACAACGAUCGAAGCGCCCGGCCAAGAUGUCUUUGACGCUGUGCCAGAUGCUGAAAGAGACACAAUUCUGGUGGAAUCUCUCGAUGACAACGAUGAUGAAGUCUUCAAACUGCGAGCGUAUCAAGAUGAAAUGCUUGCAGAAAGUGUGAAGAGUAACGCCAUCAUCGUGCUGAAUACAGGAGCCGGCAAAACACACAUUGCACUUGCCAGGACAAGAGUCGAACUGGAGACGGUUCAUUCAGACAAAUUGGUCUGGUUCCUGGCUCCCACAGUCGCCCUUUGUCAUCAACAUCACAGGUCUAUCACGACAAAUUUGCCAGCAUAUCAAACAAGGCUUCUCACAAGCGAAGAUGGAGUCGACAGAUGGACCGAUCAAACAGUCUGGGACGGUGUUCUCAAGGAUAUGAAAAUCGUCAUCAGCACGUAUGGCGUUCUUUACGACGCUCUCUGCCACGGAUUCGUUGCUAUGCGGAGACUAUCGCUCUGUGUAUUCGAUGAGGCACAUCAUUGCACCAAGAAGCAUGCCUCUAACAUGAUCAUGCAACAAUUCUAUCGGCCUGCUAAAGCUGCUGGUCAACACGUACCACGGAUCCUCGGUCUGAGUGCCAGCCCGGUGAUGAAUGCAAAAGCUGGAGGUCUAGAGAUGCUCGAGGCCAAUAUGGACAGCCACGCUAUUACACCUAGAUUGCACAGAUCUGAGUUAAUGCAAUACGUGCAUGUCCCCGAGCUCAUAAAACACUCUUUUGACAGCCGAGAGCCUAUGGAUACUCCCGGCUCGCUGCGAGAAGCGUUGACCAACAUAGUUCACAAAUACAAGAUCCGCGAAGAUCCAUAUCUGCUCGAAGUCAUGCAGACUGCAGGACCCGAAAUGAAGGCUACCAAGGACGAGAUUCUCAUGUCACGAAAGACUUACUGCACAGACCAGCUUAGGGCGCUUAGAAAGCGUGCAGAGGUUAUUGCAACAGACAUCAGUCCAUUUGCGUCAGAAACAUACAUUGAAGCAUGUCGAGACAAGUUUCUCGCAGGGAUCCGACAGAACGAUGCCACAUGGAUGCCGGAGCUCUCAGAUAAGGAGAAAAGCCACCUUGCAAAAAUUCUCACAGCUCUUCGGGUCGACGCUCCCUUCUUAGAUCCGACUGUAAGUCCAAAGCUGCAACUGCUCUUGACUAUUCUGAAAGAAGAGUCCGGACCAUACUUUACGGGUAUAAUCUUUGUCGAGCAGCGAGCUGUGGUUUCUGCUUUGGCAGAUUACCUCACUUCUAUGCCGGAAGUGUCACAGCUCUUCAACAUUGGCACUUUCGUGGGGGGUUCUAGCUCAUCAAAGAAGAAAUCGACUAUUGGCGAUAUCAAUAGUCCGAAAGCACAACAGCAGACACUUGACCACUUCAGGAUAGGCAAGAAGAAUCUCAUUAUCGCGACGAGUGUGCUCGAAGAAGGUAUCGAUAUAUCGUCUUGCCAGACAGUCAUCUGUUUCGAUGCUCCCCUGAACCUCGUUUCUUUUGUACAAAGACGAGGUCGAGCCCGAAAGAAGGACUCAAAAUAUAUCAUCUUGCUCGCGGAAGAUGACAGCAAAGGCGAACCAGCGAAAUGGUCCCAGCUAGAAGAUCGAAUGAGGGCAGCAUACGAAGACGAGUACCGAAACGCUCAGCUUGCAGCUCAACUGGAGCAGAUACAUGAAGCAGAGGACAAGAAGUAUAAGGUUCCUAGUACUGGUGCCCUUCUUACCCUCGACAAUGCCAAGUCGCAUUUAUACCACUUUUGCGCCACACUUCAGACGGCUAGUCAUGUUGAUCACAGACCGAUCUUCGACUGCAACAUAGACGCAGAAGACAUGGUGACAGCGAAAGUGCUUCUUCCUUCUCCAGUGAACAAAAAGUACAGAACAGCUGUCAGCGCGCACGGGUGGAAGACAGAAAGAGCUGCGAUGAAAGAUGCGGCAUUCCAGGCUUGUGUUGCAUUGCAUCGUGGAGGUUUACUGAACGAUCAUCUGCUUCCUCCUCACAUCCAAACUCCCGAUCAAGCACGUCAAAACCGACCUGGUCUAAUCAAGGUCGCGAAGAAGAUCAAUCCUUGGUCGUUGGGUGCAACCGACUCUUGGUUCAAACAUGUGGUGGAGCUUGAGAUCGAAGGACAGCCUAGCGUCUCUAUGGCAAUGUUCCUUCCUGUGGAGUGUCUGGCGAUUGGGGACAUCGCGCUUCACUGGAGUAUGUGGGUUAAAGGUGUCGCGAAGAUUGGUCCUAGCCAGCCAUGCACACUUAGUUCCAGUGAAGUCAUACAAAAACAGAAAGACACAGAGAUGAUGCUGCUAUCCGUCUUUUCGUCUGCCGAUAUUGUAGAUACGCAUGGCAAGUACGCUGUGCUUUUUGAGCCACAAGACCAAACACCUGCACAGAAGAUCAGCAGGAAGAGUCUACCAGCGAAAGAGGUCCUCUCGGUGGCUCAGUCAGCCGCUGAUGUAGGUCUUGUACAUCUCGACGGACAACAAGGCCGAAGUUACGUCUUCGAGCACAUCCUAGGCAAAAACCAGCAAAAUUUGGAAGUCACCAGAUUCCCACGCAAGCGCGACUUCCUAACUCGACCUGCCGAAGAGUCGAAGAAAAAUCAACUUGUCCGAGAGACUUUCGCCAUCGACCAGUGCACUAUCAAUGUACUUCCGGCGAAGUUCUCCAUCUUCGCUGCCUGCGUACCGUCAAUCUUGCACAAGAUCGAGACUGCUAUUCUCGCCACUCGUUUACAAACCACUCUGCUAGCACCGGCGGGUAUUCGAAACCUUCAAAUUAUCAUUGAAGCUACCACGUCGGGUGCUGCCGACUUUACUGCUAGUUACGAAAGGCUGGAAUAUCUGGGCGAUGCAAUUUUGAAGUAUUGUACUCAUAUCCAAUUAUCGGCCCAACACCCUGAGUGGCCAGAAAGCUACUUGACUGCUGAAAAAGCAAGAACUAAUGGUAACGCAUCGUUAUCAAGAGCAGCUCUGAGUAGUGGAGUGGACAGAUUUGUGUCCACGACCAAGUUCACUGGUAACCAUUGGAAGCCGCCGACACGCUCCAUCGACCAGACUGAUCAAAACGACAAGACCGUGGAUAGAAGUACGAAGACACUUGCAGAUGUCGUAGAAGCUCUAAUAGGCGCCUCGUACAUCGAUCAGGGUCUAGAAGGCGCGCUAGCCUGCAUCAAAAUCUUCCUCGCGGGCGAACAAUGGCUACCUCACACAACGUGUCAAUCCACCCUUCUCGUCAACACGCCUCCUCUGCAGGCCAUCCCACCUUUCCUCGCCACAGUCCAACAGCUCAUCAACUAUACCUUCACUAACCCCUCUCUACUUCUAGAGGCCCUAACUCACUCCUCAUUCUCUUCCAACGAAUCUCUAUCCUACGAACGACUAGAAUUUCUCGGCGAUGCAGUUCUAGACGCCAUAGUCGUCCCAAAAUUAUUCUCCACCCAACCGCCACUCAAAAACCAUGAGAUGCACCGAAUGAGACAAGCACUUGCGAAUGCUCAUAUCCUGGCGAUCUGCUGUCUUGAACUUUCCCUGCCUGCUCCUCGCCUGGACCCUGUGGUUAUGCAAGGAGAAGUGGGGCUGCAGGAGACAACACAUGAAUACCAUCUUCACUAUUUCUUACGCUGCGGUGUUAGUGUACAGAUGCAAAGACAAGCUGCACUGGAACGCUAUACACUUCUACGAGCACAAAUCCUUGAACAACUGGAGGAUGGACAUGAGUAUCCAUGGCCCGACCUCUUGCGUCUCAAAGCUCCCAAAUGGAUGUCUGAUAUCCUCGAAUCUCUGCUUGGAGCCAUUUACGUAGAUUCUGGCGGCGAUCUAAAGCAAUGUGAAGCUUUUGUGGAGAGAUUGGGGCUGUUGAAGAUGCUGGAUAGAUUUCUCGAGGAGGGUGUACAGGUGGGGUUCCCUAGGGAGAGGCUGGGUAUGUUGGCGAACAUGAAUAGUAUCGAGUAUCAGGCGUAUGAGGAUGGACAGGGAGGCUGGGGCUGUAAGAUCUUUGUGGGCGGCAGGGAGAUCGUAGAUGUAGGUGGCUGUGUGAGCAGGGAAGAGGCGGAGGUCAGAGGUGCGGCGACAGCUGUUGGGGUCUUGCAAGAGGAAAUCAUCAAAGUCAUGCAAGACGGCAACGCGAGUCGGGAUGCUAAUGGCAACACUGACGUUGACCAGAAGAUGGUAGAUGUAGAGUCCUAG